UAUGAUUAAGGAAUUAUCACCAAAAGAGGGUAUUAACAAAGAGGAAUUAUUCCAGACAUUGAUGCUGGAAAACACAAAAGAAAUGACAUCAAGGAUUUGGGUUUCAGAGAAGUUCUGAAAAAUAUGCAUGAGUUUGAAAGUCAGUAUACAUAUGAUGGAACAAAUUACAAAGAAGUAACCACAGCCCGUAACCAAAAUUUCAGUGGUAGAAGAAGAGAUCAGCACUACACCAAACCCUGGACUUAUUUCCCUCUAAAGCAGAGUGUUUCUGUAAGAAAAAGAACUUAUCAAUAUUACAAGCAUGAAAAAUCAUAUAAAAGUAUUUGUUAAAACUAAAAAAUAAAAUAACCUGUGCAGGAAAUAAGUAUAUAAAAUGUUUUGAAAAUGGGAUUGGAUUAAUAAAGUUUCAGUCACAUCUGGCUGACUUCCAGAAGUUUCAAACUGAAGAGAAAAUUUAUGAAUGUAAUCAAGUUGAGGAUUUGAUCAACAGUAGUUUUGCUUUACCACUUCAAAGAAUUACUACUAGCAUUGAUAUGAAUAUUUGUAAUAAAUCUGGGAAACUUUUUAUACUUCCUUCAUUACUUAUACAUCAAAAAACACCUAUUAGUGAAGAGCCUUACAAAUGUAAUGAUUGUAGGAAGGCCUUUAGAGAAAGCUCAGACCUCACUAGUCAUGAGAGAAUUCAUUUGGGGCAGAGAGCUUACAAAUGUAAUGAGUGUGGCAAAGCCUUUUCCCAAUUUGCAAAACUGACUAGACAUCAGAGAAUCCAUACCAGUGAAAAACCAUAUAAGUGUAAUAUAUGUGGCAAGGGCUGUAGGCAAAAUUUAAAUCUUGCACGGCAUCAGAAAAUUCAUACUGAAGAGAAACCUUACAAAUGUAAUGAGUGUGGCAAAGUCUUUUCUGAGGAUUCAAGCCUUACUCGAUAUAGGAGAAUUCAUACUGGAGAGAAACCUUAUAAAUGUAAUCAGUGUGGGAAGACUUUUGGAGGAAGCUCAAAUCUCACCAAUCAUUCUGGGCAGAGACCUUACAAAUGUAAUCAGUGUGACAAAUCCUUCAACCGGAUCUCACUCACUAGACACCAGAGAAUCCAUACUGGAGAGAAGCCAUAUAAAUAUAAUACAUGUGACAAGGUCUGUAGUCAAGAUUCAAAUCUUAUAAUUCAUCAGAGAGUUCAUACUGGAGAGAAACCUUACAAAUGUAAUGAGUGUGGCAAAGCCUUUAUGGAGCAUUCAAGCCUUACUCAACAUAAGAGAAUUCAUAGUGGAGAAAAGCCUUAUAAAUGUAAGGAAUGUGGACCAGUCCUCUAACUUUGUCAAACAUCAGAUAAUUCAUACUGGAGAGAAGGCUUAUAAGUGUAAUGAGUGUGGCAAAGCCUUUAAUGUGUGUUUAAGCCGUACCUGACAUCAAAGAAUCCAUACUGGGGAGAAGCCUUACAAAUGUAAUGAAUGUGACAAGGCAAAUCUUACUAGACAUCAGAAAAUGCAUACUGAAAAGAAACA